AGGCCCGAGCCCAUUUUGAAACCUCCCUCUGUUUUCUCCUUAGCAAACUUUGAAACCCAGAGAAAACCUUAGAAAUGGAAGCCGAUCAAACGGUUCUUUGCCAAUUGCUUGCCGUCGACCUCAGCGACUAUUGCUACAGAGUUUGCUCUCGCUGCGAGAGGGUCCUUCCCGGAGAUAAUAGCAAAUGCGUCUUCUCUUCUGCUUCCUCGUUAUGCAAAUUCUGCCAAUCAAACGAACCCAAGCUGCUUUACCGUGUUCUCAUGUCUGUAGUAACAGAUACAUCAGUUAAAACUGUCAUCUGUUUUGAUAGAGCUGCUACUGUCCUCUUCGGUUGCUCAGCUGAUGAGUUCUUCCACUUCACCAAACUCAAUCCUAAAGCCGCAUCUAUGGUUAAUCAGGUCUUUGAUGGAGAGAUGCUUCGGAUGACGCUGACUCGGCCUAAAAACCUUAAUGCCCAACACAUGAGAGUGACUUCUGUUGUUCCCCUAAGAUCAGGUUUUCAGCCUGCUAUUGUUACGCUGAGACAGCUCUGCUGUACAAAAAGUGCUUCUUUGGGGGGAUUGUUCUAUAACAAAUAACAGUUUCUAAUGUUGGGGUCAAACGUUAUAUGGAUGACUACAACAAACUUGUUUGCUUUUGAUUUGUGUCGGUGAAGUAGUCUGAUUCUUUUUUAAAAGUUCCUCCUCGGCUAAGCAAGUGUGAUGUGAUUAAGUUCCAUUUGGGUGGUCAAGAAAAUGACUAACUCAAAGUAAAAGCCUCUACAUGAUGAGUGUUUUAAGAGUGACGAGUUCUUGUAAGAGGAAUGUUAUCACAUUUAUUGUAACUUCUUGAAGCUCAAGACUCAUAUAGCGAAUUAGCUAGACACAA